AUGUUGAUAAGCCGAACUUCGGGCAAGGGUCAAGGGGCAGAGGAGCGGCGGGCAGGGAGUCCGAGCAGAGAGGUCGACCAGGAUGGACGACAGGGAUUUGGUGUCCAGGAGUUUCUCGACGGCUCCAAAUAUGAAGGCGACUUUGUCAAUGGCCUCAAACACGGCAAGGGAAGGUACACCUGGAAAAGUGGAGAGUUCUAUGAAGGCUCUUUCUACAAAGACUACAGGCAUGGUGACGGAAUGUACUGUUGGCCCACAGGAAACAAAUUCAUUGGUAAAUUCUACCUUAACUGGAGAGAAGCAUAUGGACAACAUAUUUUUCCUGAUGGAGCCACAUUUAAGGGUUUGUACCAUGCUGACCAAAGGUUUGGUCCAGGUGUGCUUAGUGAGCCAACAGGAUGUCAGGAUGUCGGUCUAUGGCACGGGAAGCAUCUGAUACAAUUGUGUAACUCUCUAGAAGAUAGCUUCAGCCUGAAAAACCUUAAGGAAUAUGCUGCCUACUUGGGGCAAACUACCACCUCACAGUCUCAGAGUCAGACAGAGAACGACGACGGUUUGCUGUUGUAUGAUGACAAUAUUAUACUCCCCUACGGCAUUGAGAAUUAUUGCACCGAUGGUGACCACCUACCGUUGCCCCCGCAUGAUAAAAGAGAGUUCGACCACCAUUUUUUUGGCCAUCUGUGGGAACCUGAUUCUCACCAGUAUGAAGGCUACAAACGAGAAUCACUCUCCACUGUGCCAUUAUCAGCCAAAAUGCUGGCUCACAUUCAAAAACACAGACGACAAUCUGAAACAUUGGACUGGGAUGUAGCAGAAGUUCUUUCAUUAAAAAGGGAUAAUUUUGGUCCUAAAGGAUCUUUGGAAGUCGCAUCAGAACUACUGAUCCAGCAGGCUUCCAGAGGAGAACAACAGGCUGUAAUAAAGAUUCUCCUGGAUGGCCUUAUUCAUCUGGAUGUAGCAGAUUCUCAGGGUCACACUGCAUUGAUUGCUGCUGCGGUAAACUGUCAUGAUGAUUUAAUCCAGCUAUUGUUAGACAUGGGUGCUGAUAUUGACAAGAUGAAUUGCGAGGGCUUGUCAGCCUUGUCUGUGUGUCACUUCCUCUACUAUCCUUUUCAGUCUUUAUACUUGCUUCCUGGACUUGCAGCCCAAACACAGGGUUUGAUGUCAUUGAAUCAGAAACAACCACAGACAAGCCCACAGGACUUCACAACAGACUCAUCCAGCCAAAACAACAGACCGCAGACAAGUGAUACAGUUCAGACCAACUGGGAUCUUCUCUCUGAUCAGACAGAAGAGGAAUUAUCAGGAAGCAUCAUCUUUCAUCGGAGCAGUUGCAGUGAAUUUUCCAAUGUUCUGAAUGAACUUGAGACACCUGUACAAUAUCAGGAAUUACAGGACAGGGACAGAGAAGACAAUGUUGAAAUUGACCAGGAGAGAAAGUGGAAAGGGACACAUCGUGUAGCAAAUAGUGGAGAGGGGCAAGUUAGAACCAGAAAUGAAUAUGCAGAAUUGGGUGAGGAUGGUGGACAAAUAAAAUUGAGAAUUUUGACUGAGGGUGAAUGGAGGGACAAGGAAGACAAAAGGAAUCAGGAGGAGAAGGUACACCUUUCAGAGCGCGCCGUUCAGGUGAAGGACGGCCACAUUCUACUGGGCCAUGUGAAGUGGAAAGAAUAUUUACCCCGAAGUACUAAGGACUGUAACAAAAACCUGACUCAAGCCCAAUCCGUCUACAGCUACAGCAUGCAGGUCUCAGAGGAAAUUCUACAGGGUGCAGCUGAAGCGCUGAGCCACACUGGGUUGCCCCAGUAUUUGUAUACUCAGGAGACUGUGCGCAGAAUGGCUGCCAUGAAAUUUCAGCACCGUGUUCGUUUGUGCACCCUGAAGCUGCUUUUGGACCGUGGAGCUGACCCCAACAUUUCGAGAGUCCCCUUACCUGUCCUCUUUUUGGCCAUUAUGGCAGCUGAUACUGAGACUGUCAGGAAACUUCUUCUGUGUGGAGCUCGAACAGAUAUUUGUCUCUCACCUGAGAGGAAAGGCAUUUAUCCUCUACAUGUGGCUGCUGCACUGCCAGGCCCAGAAGGUCCCAAAAUCACAGAACUGCUGCUGCAUGCUUUAUCUGACCCAGACGCACGGGCAUGCGACUGGGAUGAAAUCUAUGAACCGGAUAAGGUGUUUAUGUUCAUCUGUGAGAGUUCAUGUCCUGAAGAAGGAGGUCAAAUUGCUCUGCACACGGCUUGCCAGAGAAAAACUGAUCACUGUAAUGCCAGUAAAGUGGUAUCCCUAUUGCUCUCCCAUGGAGCCAGAACAGACCUCCUCUGGAGUGGACACUCUCCUCUCUCAUUGGCUAUCGCAAGUGGCAAUGACAUGGCAGUGGAGGAGCUGUUAAAAGGAGGUGCUGAUCCCAACAUUCCCUUGGGUUGUGAAGUUGGCAAUGCCUUAUGUGUUGUCAGUAAUUUCCGCUACGACUUGGAUGGCAAAAGGGAAAAAUUGGUGGACAUGUUACAGAAGGCUGGUGCUGACAUGUUGAAGCCAGUCCGGGUUGGUGAUACCAUAGGAAAUGUGGUCGACUAUGGACAUCACUCCUUCGACCAGGACUUCCGUAUUGCCCACACACCCUUCCACAUCCUCAACAUGGAGGAGAGAGAAACAUUAAAAUCACGGCAUCACCUACUCAGCAUGAUGGGAAGUCUGCUGAGAGAAACUGCUGUCCAGAGAGAGAGAGAACUGGAGAAAGAAAAGGACCUCUUACUGAAUUGUGAAAGUGCCCUUUCUUCUAUUGAUGCCGACUCAAGCCAGGAAAUUAAAACUCCCACAGCAGUAAAACUAAGGUCACCAUCAUUUAAGUUCUGCUACUACUGUGGUCGUUCUGCUGCUGUGAAGCUAACUGCAUGUACUCGCUGCCACAAAGUUUUUUAUUGCUCUACAACCUGUAAACUGAAAGCAUGGAAUGAGAGACACAGGGAAGAGUGUCUGCAGGAAUCAGCCUCUGUUGACAGUUUCCAGAGAACACUUAUGUUUCAGACCCAACGAGACCCCCAAAAGCCGACUAUUGUAUUGAAAUCCAUGAAAAUCUCCAGACAUUCAAAUAUUCAGUUGAAAUCCAAAAUCAUGGGAGUAGAAGAUGUCUUGAAGAAACAACUUGUCAACCUGAAUGAAAACUACAGCUACAACUGA